CAGAGAUUAACCACAUGGAGGCCUAUAAAGCUCUGGUGUAAUCCGCACACAGGAGACAAACUCACAGCAACAACAACAGCACUCAGUGUUUUUGAUCACGCUGUUGGACGACACACAGGAAGUUAAAGGAGCAAAAAGGGGAUAAUCAUGAAAAAGGGAAAGCAGGUGACUGACGACAAUGAGCCUCCCACCUAUCAGGAGGCAACAGCAGGCUAUGAGGAGAUGGAGGCUCAGUUUGCCUGGGACGAUAAGUUCAUCAGGCAAACCUUUAUCAGGAAGGUCUACGCCAUCCUCAUGGUUCAGCUUUUGGUUACCGUGGCGAUCAUUGGUCUCUUUACAUUUUGCGCUCCUGUCAGGUUUUUCAUUCAGACUCAUCCCGGCUUGUACAUGGCCUCUUAUAUGAUGUUCUUUGCCACCUACAUUGCACUGUCCUGCUGUGGAGAGCUGAGGAGGCAGUUUCCGUGGAACAUCAUUCUCUUAGUUCUGUUUACGUUAAGCAUUUCCAUCAUGAUGGGAUUUGUGUCAAGCUUUUACAACACUCAGUCUGUGCUGCUGUGUGUGGGAAUCACAGCUCUGGUGUGUCUCUGUGUCACUGUCUUCAGUUUUCAGAGCAAGAUCGAUGUGACGUCCUGUCAGGGCGUCCUGUUUUCUCUGUGCAUGGUCAUGCUUCUCUGUGCCAUCACCAUGUCCAUUGUCGUCCCCUUUGGUUAUGUUCCCUGGUUACACGCUGUUUACGCCGUGAUAGGAGCCAUCGUCUUCACACUGUUCCUGGCGUUUGACACUCAGAUGCUGUUGGGGAACAAGCGCUACGCCAUAAGUCCAGAGGAAUACAUCUUUGCAACGCUCAGCAUCUACCUGGACAUUAUUUACCUGUUUAGCUUCCUGCUACAGAUCACAGGACAGGGGCGCGACUGAAGAACCUCAUGCACGUGUCUGUUUCACCUCUCAGACACAUCACACCUGAGAGCAGGAAGAGAGCAGCCAUUGUCUCCGGCUGUGUAAUCUCGUCCUCACCUACACCACACCUCAACAUAGUUGUCCGUUGUGUCUGAUCCUUCCUGUUAAUCUGAGCUCAGCCGUCAAACACACACGAGGCCCAUAAGUGGAUGAAAGCAGUCACAGAGUUCAUCAGUAUCAGUGCUCACUUUACUUGGCUGCGUCUCUCUCUGCGUCACAACUAAGCGUUUAUGAAACUUGCUCUGUAAAUAACCGUGUCUUUAAAGCUAUGUAGAUGUACAGCACACAUCGUCUUCGUGAGGUCCAAAAAAAACUGCACAAACCCAUCUUUGUUAGGACAUUUUUGACCUUGUGGGGUCAUUAUGUUUGGGAACCUGCAACUUUAAAGGGCUUUUUCAGGGUUAGCACCUGGUUUUAUAUGGUUAGGUAAAGGAAAGACAACACAACAGUCCACAGAACCACAGGCCGGCGCCUGACGUUUAAAGUCUGUCACACAGUACAACCUUAAAAACCUUUUUUCUAUAAAUACUAAUGAUAAAAUAGGUUAAGUCAAAUGUGCUCUAAUAGAAAAGUCUACUACAGUAGCGAACCCCAGGGAAACAGGUAGGGUUAGGAUUACAGGGUGGAGUUAAAUUAGGGUUAGGAUUAAAGAAAGACCUGGCCAGGCAGGAAGGGAAAUCAAAAAUGAAAAAAAAAAAAGUUUAGGUUAAGGUCAGGCACUUAGUUGUGAUAUUUAAGGUCAAGGUAAAGGGCUCGAAGACAUGCCCUCAGUAAGAUAUAAAAAGAAGGUUGUGUGUGUGUAGUUUUCUGAGGACAAAAACAUAUAAACCAUUUUGGCUGGUCCUCAUAUCUUUUAAGGGUUUUUGAGAGGUUAAGGUUCGGGAAUGCAUUAUGUCUAUGAGGGUCCUCACUACGAAUGCUGCGCACGUGUGUGUCUGUGUAAGGACCUUUCGUCUGACAUCAGCACUGACCUUGUCGGGACCAGCGGUCGUCAUGGAAACACAAACCUGUAUUAAUAAUGAUGAAAAACGUCAUUUCUGAGAAUGUGGUCAUGUUCAGGGCUGAUAUGAACUGUGGGAUAACAUUUUGUUUAGGCUGAUUGAGAGAAUGGAAGUCAAUGUGCGCGCGUGUGUGUGUGCACAACAAAGGCCAAACAUGAAGGGAAAAACGUGCUUGUCUCUGCACACACCGUACCUUUAGUCAUUUACUCAUACCUAGAAUGUUUUGUCUGACUUUACCGUGGCCUUUGGGGUGAAAUAGAAAACACAUAUUUUAACAAGCUGACCAGAUUUGAAGCUUUUUUUUAAGCUAAAUGUUUUUACCUACAUCAUAAAUUUACCUUAAUAUAUGACAUAAUGUUUUUAUAAGGACACUGAGCUGUGUACAAAUAACUCAAAUAAAACCGACGACUCAACAGUG